UUGAGUUUCCUUUAAAAUCUGUUGAAAUCAAAUGCAGUGAGAGAUCGAAAUGGAGAAGUGUGUGACAAAAAUCGAAGUCCGUACACUGAACGGUGAAACGUCUACCGUUUCGGUGUCGUCUGAUAAAUCCAUUCACGAACUCAAGCUUCUCUUGAAGCUCAGUUUCCCUCCCGCCUCUUCCUCCCCCAAUUUCCACCUCUUUUUCAAGGGUGUUAAGUUGAGCUUGCAGAGUCAAGUAGGCAGUUUAAAGAUGGAGCCCGGAGAAUUCAUUGUUCUAAUACCCUUCACUAAGAAGGAUAGGCAUCAAACACCCAAACAUGAUUUUUCUGAAACUUCUUCAAAUGCUGCCGAACAAAACUCAAGUUCGAAAAAGUUUGUUGAUUCUACAUAUCUUGAAAUGAUGCAAGAUUUAGCUUCUUUCCGUGAAGAGGAAACAAGUAAUAUUGAUAAUAAUCAACCAAAGUGCUAUACGGAUUUUGGAAAUGUAAGUAGAGGUCCUUUAGAGGCAAAACGCAAGAGAGUUGUUGAUUGUGAUAGUCAACAGGGGGGCCCUUAUGAUUUUUUAUGGACUGUUUGGCGGUCUAAGAACAAGAAUGCUUUUGAAGGACAGAAUUCUGAAAAGUUUGUUGAGGUUUUACAGUCGGUGACUUGUUUAUUGGAUCCGCAUUCAGGGAAGUGUAUGUUGUUAAGAGAAGCUAGUAUGCGAAGUAGUAAUGGUGGACUGUGGGAAAGCAAUGAUAAUGAUUGUUCUUGCUUGUGUCCGGUUUGGUUGAAGAAGAUUAUGGAGGCAUUUUCUUUUUUAAGCAUCUUUUGUGCAUAUCUUCAUUUGCGAAAAGAAAAGGUCACCUUGUCUCGUGUGAAGGAUGCACUGAACCAGCUUGGGAAGUUUGGAGUUCGAGUCAGUAUUGAGGACAUUGAGCAUCUUUCUGUUCUUUGUCCUAAGGUGGUACAGUUUGCUAAUGAUGAUAUGGAGUCUGAAAAUUAUCGCAAUUCCAUUGUUAUCAUCAAUGCUCCAACUGAAGAAAGAUAUCAAGUAGAAGUCAAUCUAAGAAUUGGCCAGAAAGACAUGUCUUUAUCCAAGAUAUUUAAUGCAUUGAAGAAAUGGGAGAGUUCCUUCAAAUCUAAUCUGUGGGAGGCUAUUAAACUGUUAAUGUGUAAAAUUAGAAAGAGAGCCAUAUCCCUCUCCUUGGAGGAUUUGCUAAUAUUUGCCAAGGAACAUGGUACUGUUGUCAGUGAAAAUGGAGGAAAACGACCUAGUAGAAACUCGUCCUCUGCUUCAAGUUCUCAUGAAAGACGAUGUAAUGACACCAGUCAAUUGCUACCUUUGGAAAUGAUUGAACAUUUACGGAAGGGCAUUGGAUCUCAUGGACAGAUAGUACAUGUUGAAGACAUCAAUCCAAGGAAAGCUGUUCAUGUAGAAAUCCCUAAUGAACUCUCAGAUAAUGCAAAAUUGGCUCUUAAAUGUAUUGGGAUUUCUAAAUUAUAUAGCCACCAGGCAGAGUCCAUAAUGGCAUCCCUUUCUGGGAAGAAUGUUGUUGUGGCAACAAUGACAUCUAGUGGAAAAUCUCUUUGCUAUAACCUGCCAGUUCUGGAAGCGUUAUCCCAAAAUUUGUUAUCAUGUGCCCUAUACUUGUUCCCAACAAAGGCCUUAGCUCAAGAUCAACUAAAAGCUUUGUUAACUAUAAUAGAAGCAUUUGGUGCCUCCAUUAAUGCUGGGAUAUAUGAUGGUGACACUUCUCAGAAGGACAGGAUAUGGCUGCGUGAUAAUGCUAGACUGUUGAUAACCAAUCCUGAUAUGCUGCACAUGUCAAUCUUGCCAUCACAUCGACAAUUCAGCCGAAUUUUAUUGAAUCUUAGGUAUGUAGUGGUUGAUGAAGCUCAUGCUUAUAAAGGAGCAUUUGGAUGCCAUACUGCUCUUAUAUUAAGAAGACUACGUCGGCUUUGCUCUCACGUUUAUGGUAGUGAUCCUUCUUUUGUAUUUUCUACUGCAACUUCUGCUAAUCCUCAGGAGCAUUGCAUGGAACUUGCAAAUUUGUCAACAUUGGAGCUGAUUAAAAAGGAUGGAAGUCCUUCAUCUAGAAAGCAUUUUGUCCUCUGGAAUCCUACUCCAAAUACAAGGACUAAAAAAGAAAAGUGCCAGUAAAAAAUUUUGGAUUGAAAUUAUUGUUAUGUAUCUGGCUUAAAACUUUAGUCCCUUAUUUUUGCAUUGCUUCUUUUUUUCAGUCCAAUAUCAGAAGUGUCAUACCUCUUUGCAGAAAUGGUUCAGCAUGGACUUCGCUGCAUUACUUUUUGCAAGUCGCGUAAACUUUGUGAGCUUGUUUUAUCUUACACGCGUGAAAUUCUUGAGGAGACAGCACCUCACCUAGUCAAUUCCAUAUGCGCUUAUCGUGCUGGCUAUGUUGCUCAGGACAGAAGGAGAAUAGAGAGUGAUUUCUUUGGUGGGAAGCUCUGUGGUAUUGCUGCUACAAAUGCUCUUGAGUUGGGUAUUGAUGUUGGACACAUUGAUGUAACUUUGCAUUUAGGUUUUCCUGGUAGUAUUGCCAGCCUGUGGCAACAAGCUGGCAGGUCUGGAAGAAGGGAGAAACCAUCUCUUGCUGUAUAUGUUGCAUUUGAAGGACCUCUUGAUCAAUAUUUUAUGAAAUUUCCUCAGAAACUCUUCAAUAGCCCAAUUGAGUGUUGUCAUAUUGAUGCUGAAAACCAGCAGGUACUUGAGCAGCAUCUGGUCUGUGCUGCUCUUGAACACCCAGUAAGUUUGGUUUAUGAUGAGAAAUACUUUGGAUGUGGUCUAAGCAUUGCCGUUCUAACUCUUAAAAGUAGAGGAUACCUCAGUUCUGAUCCAUCACGUGAAUCUUCUGCUAAAUUAUGGAGGUACAUUGGGCAUGAGAAAAUGCCUUCACGUGCAAUUAGUAUACGGGCAAUAGACACGGUGAAAUACAAAGUAAUAGACAUGCAAAAAGAUGAAGUUCUUGAGGAGAUUGAGGAAAGCAAAGCUUUCUUCCAGGUAUAUGAAGGUGCUGUGUACUUGCACCAAGGCCAUAACUAUCUGGUCAAGGAGUUAAAUAUAUCUGAUAAGAUUGCCUUUUGCCAAAAAGCUGAUCUGAAGUAUUACACAAAGACUCGUGACUACACAGAUAUUCAUGUUGUUGGUGGUAAUAUUGCCUAUCCGUCAAAGGGUUCCAACAGCCAGUUGCUAAGAACAACAGCCCAAGUCAAUGUUUGUAAAGUAACAACUACUUGGUUUGGUUUUCAUCGGAUAUGGAGAGGAAGCAGCAAAAUCUUCGAUACAGUUGAACUUCAUCUGCCUAAAUAUUCAUAUGAAUCACAGGCAGUUUGGAUUCAAGUUCCACAAUCGGUGAAAGCAUUGGUGGAAAAACAAUUUUCAUUCCGCUCAGGCCUGCAUGCUGCCUCUCAUGCUCUUCUACAUGUAGUGCCUAUAUUUUUGAGAUGCAACUUAUCCGACUUGGCUCCAGAGUGUCCAAACCCUCAUGAUGCUCGCUAUUUUCCAGAAAGAAUUCUAUUGUAUGAUCAGCAUCCCGGUGGGACUGGUGUUUCAAAACAGAUUCAACCGUAUUUUACAGAGCUUUUAACUGCUGCUUUAGAACUUCUAACAUCUUGCCUCUGCUCGGGAGACACUGGCUGCCCCAAUUGCAUUCAGAAUCUCAGUUGUCAUGAGUAUAAUGAGCUCAUACACAAGGAUGCAGCCAUCAUGAUUAUGAAGGGUGUUUUGGAUGCUGAGAAAUCAUACUUUCAAAAUCUCCCAGACUCUUCUGAAUCCCCAACAGUGGAGGUUAACCAGAACAUUGAUAAUUAAAAUUUACUCCAUACCAAUGUAGAUCCUCUCUUUGUUAACAGCC